ACCCCGCCUUAGUUUCUUCUUCUUUCUUCCCUCUCUCUCUCUCUAUAGCAAGCAAGCAGUCAGUCAAUCAUAAAAUUAGGGUUUCCAUUUGAAGCGCUUUCUGAUCAUCAGCCAUGGGUGACAAAACUCAAUUUGAUUCUCCCCUUAACCACCAGAUCUCUUCCAAAGAUGUGCAAGGACCGAAUGAUUCCAUUCCGCUUUCACCACAGUGGCUCCUUCCAAAGCCAGGGGAGAGUAAGGCUGGGAUAGUUACCGGGGACAACCAUCUCAAUACACAUCCGGGUUAUGCUAUCCGUUCAGAGUUAGUGAAAUUUCCAGGGAUGGGUGACGAUAUGCAUGAUAAUCAAAGGAAGAAAGAUGUUUUUAGGCCAUCCGUGCUUGAUAUGGAAUCAGGCCGGCGGGAUCGCUGGCGUGAUGAAGAAAGGGACACCAAUUCUGCUGUUCGAAGGGACCGCUGGAGGGAGGGAGAUAAGGAGAUUGGUGAUGGCCGCAAGGUGGAUCGCUGGUCUGACUCUUCUGGCAGACAUCAUGGAGAAGCACGACGUGUUCCAGGUGAAAGAUGGACUGAUUCUGGAAAUAGGGAAAGCAAUAACGAUCAGCGUCGAGAGAGCAAAUGGAAUACGCGUUGGGGGCCUGAUGAGAAGAAAGCUGAUUGGGGACCUGAUGAGAAGGACGCUGAUGGUGUGCGUGAGAAAUGGAGCAACCCUAGCAAAGAUGCUGAGAUGCAUCUUGAAAAGGGGUCUCCAGGUCUUGCCUAUCAUGGAAAGGAUGAGAGAGAGGGUGACCACUAUCGGCCAUGGAGAUCUACGUCUCACGGCCGAGGAAGGUCAGAACCUACUCAUCAGGCUUUGACACCAAACAAACAGGUUCCUACAUUUUCUCAUGGCCGGGGACGUGAUGAUGGAGCAACUGCUACUUUUUCUCUUGGUAGGGGUCGUGGUCUCUCUGGAGGGAGCCCCAUGAAUAAGGGCUCUCCUCAUGUGCAGUCAUUCCGGGCAUUCUCAGAGAAAUCUGAAAGUGUUUCCUCUCCUUUACGAUAUAGUCGGAUAAAAAUGCUUGAUGUGUAUAGAGUGACAGACAUGCAGUCCUGUAGCAACUUUUCAGAUGGGAUUGUGCAAGUUCCUUCACUUACACAAGAUGAACCUUUGGAACCUCUCGCAUUAUGUGCACCCAGUCCCGAGGAAUUGGCUAUCUUGAAGGGAAUUGAUAAGGGGGAUGUUCUGAGUAGUGGAGCUCCGCAGAUCUCUAAAGAUGGAACAUUAGGUCGAAACUCAACUGAACAUACGCAGCCAAGGCGCAGCAAACUAGGUAGCAGAGAAGAUUUAUCGCUUGAUGAUUCAAGAGAAGAAAGUACUGACAAUGCCAAAGUUUCAGUGGAAGACGUUAUUCCUCAUAGAGAAAGGGAUCCAAGCACACCAGGACACUCACCUGUUCCCCAUGGUGGCGUAUGGCGAUCCUCUUCUAUUGGUGCACGUUCACAACUGGCGGCUAAUGAUGCUAGAGAAAUGCCAACUGAUAUCAGGUCAAGAGCAUCUGACAUGGGAUGGCUACAGAACCAGAAGGAUAAGAAUUCAGAGCGGGAAAGAGAUCUUGCAGAUCCUUCUUAUGCCAAAAAUGAAGGAUCUAAAUGGCAGUUUGGAGAUGAUCCUAUUCUCAAAAGGCAAUUAUCUGCGGCCAUGGACAAAGAGUUGGAGAUGAGGAAAUAUUCACAGUCAUCUCCGGAGGACCUAGUUUUAUAUUACAAAGAUCCACAAGGUGCAAUUCAAGGUCCUUUCUCAGGUAGCGAUAUUAUUGGAUGGUUUGAGGCUGGAUAUUUUGGUAUAGAUUUGCUAGUUCGGUUAGCUGCUGCACCGCAUGAUUCACCAUUUUAUCUGCUGGGGGAUGUUAUGCCCCACUUGCGUGCUAAGGCUCGGCCACCACCUGGAUUUGGAGCACCAAAGCCAAAUGCAGAUGCUCCAGGGGGGUUGGACGUGAGCAGCUUCACAAAACUUCAUGCAGCUUCAACUGAGAUUGAUAUGCUAAAGAGUGAACUGAAUUACAAGCAUAGUUCAACAACUGCGGCUGAGAAUAGAUUUUUGGAGUCACUGAUGGCUGGCAAAGUGGGCCAUGCACCGCUUGACCAGUUCGCUCAGUCUGAAGCAGGCAUUGCUGCUUAUGGUGCUAAUAAUAUCGGUGCUGUUCCUCCUAUUGGAGCUGAAAGUGGAGAUAAUCUGUAUCUCUUGGCUAAAAAGAUGUCUCUUGAGAGACAGAGAUCUCUGCCAAAGCCCUUUCAUCAGGAUCCUUUGCCUCAUUCACAACUGCCUUCAAUGGCUGAAAAUCUUCGCCAGCAACCCCAUAAUCAGAAUGUUGAUUUGAUGUCUCUACUUCAGGGCGUACCAGACAGAUCAGCUGGUAUUAGUAGUGGCAUUAGUGGAUGGUCUAAUUUCCCAGUCCAAGGGGGAUUAGAACCGCUUCAGGAAAGGAUGGAGAUGCAUCAAGGUCAGAGUAUGCCCCCUCAAUCUGCAUUUGGAAUGCAACAACAGAGGCUACACCCGCAGAAUCCACCUAUGACCAACUUACUAGGUGCCAUGGAUAACACUUCCAGCAUUUUGGCUACUGAGAAGCUACUUUCAUCUGGAGUUCAAGAUCCACAGCUGUUAAAUCUAUUGCAGCAACAGUACUUGCUGCAGCUACAAUCUCAGGCUGCACAAGGACCACAGCAAUUGUCAUUGUUAGACAAGUUGUUGAUGCUCAAGCAGCAGCAGCAGAAACAGGAGGAACAGCAACUAAUAUUGCGCCAGCAGCAGCAAUUGCUCUCUCAGGUACUUUCAGAUCAGCAUCCUCAUCAGCGAUUUGGUGAACAACAUUUUGGCAAGUUGCCAACCCCUGGCAUAUCUGCAGGAAAUGCUUCUGUGGAUCCCACUCGUUUCCUACCUUCACAUAAUUUGUUUCCAAUGAAUACACAAGUACAACUUCCAGUUAUGGAAGAAGCUCACGCCUCAAACUUUGUCUUGCCCUCGAGCAUUUCUCAGGAUGUCACCCAAAUAGGUAAUUCUGAGACUGCAUCGUUGCACUUGCCACAUCAAUUUUUUGGAAAUUCUUCCAAUCAGAGGAGUUGCGGUUUAGUGGAACAAAUUGAUGAUAUUCAACAAAAGGUCCCAAGGAUGGCAACAGGCAUGGUCGACCCAUCAUUACAUACAGAAUUUGUCAGCAAACAUCGCCUAGAGGAUGGCUCAGAAAACAACGAACCUCCAGCCGUCACCACUUCUGAAAUUGCCUCUCAUUUUCCACAUGUUCAGCAAGUAGAAAAGUCCGGUAUACCACCACCACCACCAGCUGUCAAUAAUGACUUGCAUCAGAAGGACAAAGCUGAAUCACCACCAGCUGCAGUUCCCUCAGAACCACAAGUUGAAGGACAUCUACACGAUGGGCUCUCUGUAACUAAGGAACUGAAAAGUGUUGAAACACGGGAAGUUAAAAAAUCAUCUGAAAAGAAGUCGAAGAAGCAAAAGUCCAAUAAGGGCCAAACUUCGGACUUAGCGAAGGGAGCUUCUAAGUCACAGCCAUCAAAGUCCUUGCAGUCUGAUGCUGUGAUUGCUUCUGACACUCAAUCUGUGUCAGUUGACAAAGCUACAGCUGUAGGUGCAGAAAGAAGAGAUAGCAAACCUGAAGUAGCUAUUGCUGAUGUUGUGGAUGAAUAUCCAGAGCAUAAACCACCUGUUUCACAGUUAAUCAGCCAAGUACAGUCUGGACAGCGAGCUUGGAAACCUGCUCCUGGUUUCAAGCCAAAGUCAUUGUUGGAAAUUCAAGAGGAAGAGCAGCGGAGAGCACAAGCAGAAAUAGCUAUUACAGACGUUGCCACAUCUCUCAGCUCCUUGAGUGUGUCUACUCCGUGGGCUGGGGUUGUUACUAAUUCAGAUCAUAAAUUAGUGAGAGAGCCCCUGCAAGAUGCUGCCAACAGUGAUUUGAAUGUGAACAAUUCAGAUGUUUCUCUCAACCAGAAGAGUAAGAAAAGUCAAUUGCAUGAUGUACUGGCUGAAAACACUUUGGCCAAGUCAGGCGCAAGAGAGAGAGACUUUCCUGAAAUGACAUCUAUUCCAUCUUAUGUAUCUGUCAAUGAUGAUGACAACUUCAUUGAAGCUAAAGACACUAAAAAGAGCCGCAAAAGAUCUGCAAAAUCUAAGGGUGCGGGGGCGAAGGGCUCCGUGCCCAGUGCUGUUUCUGAGGUCUCUGUUGGAUCAAGUCCUAUUGACAAAGUCAAAAGCUCGCGUCAGGUACAACCAGAGGAAGUAUUACCUGCUAUACCAUCUGGUCCUUCGCUAGGAGAUUUUGUUGUUUGGAAGGGUGAGUCGGCAAGUUCUGCUCCUAUUCCUGCUCCAGCAUGGUCUACUGACUCGGGAAAACUCUCAAAACCCACAUCCUUACGUGACAUCCUAAAGGAACAAGAAAAGAAGGGCUCUUCUGGACAGCAGCAUAUACCAGUGCCAACACAGAAAUCUGUGCCAAACCCGCCUGCCAGAGUGGGUGGUCCAUCAUGGUCUGCCACUGGUUCAUCUCCCGCCAAGGCUGCAUCUCCUAUUCAGAUUAACUCACAAGCUGGCGCUACUUCAAAAAAUAAAGUGGAGGACGAUCUGUUCUGGGGUCCAAUAGAUCAUCCCAAGCAAGAGGCAAAGCAGUCUGACUAUCCUCAGCUUGGAAGUCAAGGCAAUUGGGGAAGCAAGACCACACCAGUGAAAGGAAAUCCUGGCGGUUCAUUGAGCAGGCAAAAGUCUGUUAGUGGUAAGCCUGCAGAGCGUGUACUAACCGCAUCUCCUGCAUCAGCGCACUCCUCCCAGAAAGGGAAGAAGGAUGCUCUAACAAAGCAUUCAGAAGCAAUGGAUUUCAGAGAAUGGUGUGAGAAUGAAUGUGAUAGGCUCAUUGGUACAAGAGAUACCAGCUUUCUGGAGUUCUGUUUCAAGCAAUCCAAGUCAGAGGCUGAAAUGCUUCUGAUAGAGAAUCUUGGCUCUUAUGAUCCUGAUCAUGAGUUCAUUGACAAGUUCCUCAACUACAAAGACUUUUUGCCUACUGAUGUCUUUGACAUGGCCUUUCAGGGUCGCAAUGACCGGAGGAAGGUCACUGGUGCAAGUGCCAGAGAUGUGGCUUCUGACAGUGUUGGCUUUGACCAGGGUUCAAGUGCUCAGGAUUGGGCCACAAAAGGAGGAAAGAAGAAGGGUAAGAAGGGGAAGAAGGUUAACCUUUCAGAGUUGGGCUUCAAUGUGGUUAGUAACCGGAUAAUGAUGGGUGAGAUUCAGACUCUGGAAGAUUAGGUAGAACGAGGGACAGUACAUACUUUGUGUUGAGAAUGUUUGUAAAUGCUUUAGGAUUAUCCAGCAACAGAAGCAGUACUAUUUAAUCUGCUCAAAGCAAUUUUUGUGAUACUAUUUCUGACUUUAGGUCUUCUAAAUCAGAUUCAAUCAGGGAUUAAACCUAGAGCUUUUUUUCGUGUUUGUCCUCCACCCAAAACGUUUUGUAAUACUGAACAUUGUAAUGCAUCCUGAGAGAGAUGCUUUAGCUGAUGUGGGUUCAUUAA